UAUAUUGUAUAAAAUCAGAGUGGAGAGGAUAUCUGACCCUAACUUUUUUAGUAUUUGUGAUUUGAUUUUUUUUAACUGAUAUUUUGAUUUUUAAUAUUUUUUUGCUUCAAAAACUUAGUAAAACCCAUAUUUUCCUGAUCGGAUCAAAAUGAAUAACGAAUCAAAUCAAAUUUAACGGAUAAAAUGUCCAGAACAACAAAUCCAAGAAGAAAAACUUCCCAAUUAAUGACAUUGCACAAUUUUAUUUACCUACAGUUUCAGAUCAGAGACCAACAACCCUCUCUCCGUCAUCAGUCUUGUGUAUAUGGGGAAGUCCUCAAACUAAAUCUCCAGAGAUGAGGAAAAAAAAAUGCCAAACCCAGUGCAGCAAUCGGUGUAUGGUUACCUGUCAAAGAUAAAAAGAGAGGCAGGAAAGCUGCAGUCGUCGUCGUCCAAAUCAUUGUCAUCAUCCAAGAAGUGGGUGCUUAGCUAUAAGCUCCACAAAAAGCUCUCCUCCUUAACGAAUGUACGACGUCCCAGCAAGACCAGCAGAUUCAACGACGACCACCCCCAGGAUCCCGGUCAGGCCGCCACCUUGUCCGAUAUCGACCGUUUUCUCGAGGAAAACUUCAAAUCCCUCUGCAUCAGAGAUGGCGGCGAAGAGGGGGAGGAGGACCACCGUCGGAGGAUGAGCAAAAAGAAGGAGAAAAGGGAUCAGUCCUCGGAUGACUCAUCCGACACUGAUGAAGACGACUACUAUCGUCACAGAUUCCAGAGGACAUGGGAACCUGCGGUCUACGACUCCCCCAAACUGCCAGAUCCGCGGAGGAGAACAGGGAGACUAUCUCCACCACCUGGAUCAUCGGAAGGUACGCCCAGCAUGUACACAACGCCGGAGGAGGAGAGACGGUCGUUGAGGUCCCACUCAUCGAGCUUGGUGCUGCCUGAGAACUGCAUCGCGGUGCUGAGAUGCACAGAAGAGCCUCAGGAGGAUUUCAGGAGGUCGAUGGUGGAGAUGAUGGAGUCCAAGCUAGGAGGGGGCGAGGUGGACUGGGACUUGAUGGAAGAGCUACUCUUCUGCUAUCUCGAUCUCAACCACAAGAAAUCACACAAGUUCAUACUCAGCGCAUUCGUCGAUCUCAUCAUCUCUCUCCGUGUCAAGGAGAAGAGGGUCACCAGGAAAAGCCUUGAGAUGUCGCUCAGUACUCGCGCCGCCAGGGACAGGUUUAGUAAGAGGAGCUAUGCCUCUCGAAACUAGCUUGUACAACUUCCCUUUUUUUCUUCAUCUUUACAUCAAACCAUUUUAAUUUAUUUUAACAUUCAUGUCUUUCUUCUCAGCCUUUAAAGUCAAUGCUUGCAUGUAUCCAAUGAACUUGUUAUAUUCUUCUGUGCUAAGCUUUUCUUUGACCUA